ACUCUCCUCAGCGCUCAUAAUAACUGAGGGUCAAUCGACCAAUCAAAACAUACCACAUGACAGUCAUAUGACACAAAAGUGUGACCCAUUUUCCUUGUAUAUAAAGAUCCGCUAUCUCAGGGCUGAAGAUCAGAAGUGAGGAUCAGAUUGAAAGAUGAAGGUUUUCCUGGUUGUGUGUUGUUUGGCUGUGGCUGCCAUGGCGGCACCUGAAUACUAUCAGAUAAACACAGAAGAGGUCAUGAUUGAAAGAAUCAACACAAUGCAGAGGACAUGGAAGGCUGGUAGAAACUUCCAUCCCUCCCUGCCCCAGUCCUACUUCAAGCGUCUGUUGGGCGUGUACGACAUCAAUGGUGAGAGUCAGAGACUGAACAAUAUCCUGCCCAAAAAGACACACGACCUGUCCGUGAUCAGCCUGCCAGAGAACUUUGAUGCUCGUACCCAGUGGGCCAACUGCCCGUCCCUGAAGGAAGUCCGUGAUCAGUCCAACUGUGGGUCUUGCUGGGCUUUUGGUGCUGUGGAGGCAAUGACCGACAGAAUCUGUAUCUUGUCUAAAGGAGCUAAGAAUUUCCACAUCUCAGCAGAGAACCUGCUGACCUGCUGCAAGACAUGUGGAAAUGGAUGUGACGGUGGUUUCCCAACAGCAGCAUGGAAGUACUAUGAGGAAGAAGGCAUCGUCACUGGCGGUCAGUUCGAUUCCAAGGAGGGAUGCCAACCCUACCUGCUGGCCAAGUGCGACCACCAUGUUCCCGGCAAGUACAAGCCUUGCACCGGAGACUCCAAGACCCCCAAGUGUGAAAAGAAGUGUGAGGCGGGCUACAAUAUCACCUAUGAAAAUGACAAACACUAUGGGUCCCGAUCCUACUCUGUGCGUGGCGUGGACCAGAUCAUGGCAGAGAUCUACAAGAACGGACCAGUGGAAGCAGCCUUCACUGUGUACAGCGACUUCCCCACAUACAAAUCUGGCGUGUACAGCCACACCUCCGGCCAGGCUCUUGGAGGACAUGCUGUGAAGAUCCUUGGCUGGGGCGUCGAGAACGGAGAACAGUACUGGCUGGUAGCCAACUCCUGGAACGCCGACUGGGGCAUGGGAGGAUUCUUUAAGAUCAAGAGAGGCAAUGGUGAAUGUGGCAUCGAGUCACAGAUUGUCGCUGGAGACCCCAAACUGUAAAUUCAAACCUGUAUUCUGUAUUACAUAAACCCUUUGGCCUUACAUCUGAACAUAUCUUGAUGCUGUUUCAUUGUUAUUCAACGACUAACGUACUUACAUCAAAACUGUAUACAGAGCUUGUCUUUCUUAUUUUCAUACUGUCCAGUUGACACCCUUUUUUAUUGAGUUUAAAUUUUGAUGUUCAAUUUACAUGAACCAAGCAUUUAAAUGUAAUAAAACAUAUUUUAAAUAA